GCCCUGAAACCAGGCUAAGUUAAUGAUUACCCUAGCAGUUGAUUAAACUGCUUGGUUUCACUAGACUUCAAGCAGUUCACCUGCAGAGGAGUCUCCAAAAAGCAACAUGUUCCCUUUGCUCUUUGGGGCUGGACUGGUGGUUCUGAACCUAGUGACUUCUGCUAAGAGCCAGAAGACAGAACCCCUUAGUGGCUCUGGGGACCAGCUGCUCUUCCAUGGAGCAGAUCGAUCUGACUUUGCCAUCAUGAUCCCUCCAGCAGGCACAGAAUGCUUCUGGCAAUUUGCCCGCCAGACUGGAUACUUAUAUUUCAGUUAUGAGCGGACACUGGGAAUGUCACAUGACCGACAUGUUGCUGCCACUGCACACACCCCACAGGGUUUCCUCAUAGACUCCUCUCAGAGUGUUCGAGGCCAGAUAAACUUCUCUACCAAAGAAACAGGUUUUUAUCAGCUUUGUCUAAAGAAUCAGCAAAAUCACUUUGGUUCAGUGCAAGUGUACCUCAAUUUUGGAGUCUUCUACGAGGGGCCUGAGAUGGACCACAAACAGAAGAAUGAAAGAAAACAACUGAAUGAUACUCUGGAUGCCAUUGAGGAGAGUACACGGAAGGUGCAGAACAAUAUCUUCCACAUGUGGCGAUACUACAACUUUGCCCGUAUGAGGAAAAUGGCUGACUUUUUCCUUCUCCAAUCAAACUAUAACUAUGUGAACUGGUGGUCAACAGCUCAGAGCCUUGUUAUUAUUCUUUCUGGAAUCCUGCAGCUGUAUUUCUUGAAGCGUCUCUUCAAUGUCCCAAAGACUACAGACACGAAAAAGCCAAGAUGCUAAGCCAAAAUGACUACAGCAGCCUAGGCUCUCUUCUUCUGGGGCAGAAGCUCUGUCAAAGUUUUGGUCAAAUAAGCUUUGUAGAUUACUGGAAAAAAUCAAUUUAUCUUGUUCAAACAUCUGAGUCUAUUGCUUUCCUUUCCUCUCCAGUUGCCUCAAAAUGGCAACAAAAUAAUAAAUGUGCAAGUUUUGAUAUUA